AAGGGAUGCAGCCUAGUACAAUAUAUGCUUUCAGUGAUUUUGACGUGUUAAACUGAUAUACACUAAGUUUGUUGGACCUUUCUAAUGCGAUUGUACGGUGUAUCCAUUCCCCAUCGUUACUGUGCCAUCAUCUCUGCACUCUGCCGCUAAACGUUUCUCAUAAAGAAUCAAAAGCCACUUCUUCCUCUUCUCAUCUAAAUAUAUCUAGUCCCAACUUCACUUCCAUACCCAAGAUUUUAGAAUCAGCAGAAAAGCCUUAAACUUUUUUUUUUCCUUUUUUGGGUUAUUAGUGGUUUGCUCUGAUUGAGAAAAUGUGGGCAGUGAGGUCCUUGGCCUCAGGUUUUCUGAGAAAGCAGAGGCAGAGCGCUGCUGCUUUCUCCACUUCCUCAUUCUUUGAUGAUUCACGCAAGCAGUUUAAAGAAGGUGUGGCACGUUUUGCUCAAGAAAAUAUUGCUCCUUAUGCAUCAAAAAUAGACACAACAAAUUAUUUUCCAGAGGAGGUUAACUUAUGGAAACUAAUGGGAGAUUUUGGUCUCCAUGGAAUAACAGUUCCAGAGGAAUAUGGAGGACUUGGCCUUGGCUAUCUGGAACACUGCAUAGCUAUGGAGGAAAUUAGUCGGGCAUCUGGUUCUGUUGGGCUUUCGUAUGGCGCCCACUCCAACCUUUGUAUUAAUCAGUUGGUGAGGAAUGGGACCCCUACUCAGAAGCAAAAGUACCUGCCAAAGCUAAUCAGUGGGGAGCAUGUGGGAGCUCUUGCAAUGAGUGAGCCAAAUGCUGGUUCGGAUGUUAUUAGCAUGAAGUGUAGAGCUGAUCGAGUUGAUGGAGGUUACAUUCUAAAUGGGAAUAAGAUGUGGUGCACCAAUGGCCCUGUGGCUCAGACGCUGGUUGUCUAUGCAAAAACAGAUAUUGCUGCUAAUUCAAAAGGAAUCACGGCAUUUAUCAUCGAGAAGGAAAUGCCCGGGUUCAGCACAGCCCAAAAAUUAGAUAAACUUGGAAUGCGAGGGAGUGAUACAUGUGAGCUCGUUUUUGAAAAUUGCUUUGUUCCAGAAGAAAAUGUUCUAGGGCAAGAAGGAAAAGGAGUAUAUGUUAUGUUGUCUGGGCUAGAUUUGGAGAGGCUGGUUUUGGCAGGUGGACCUCUUGGUCUUAUGCAGGCUUGUCUUGAUGUUGUACUUCCAUAUGUCCAACAGAGAGAACAAUUUGGCCGACCAAUUGGCCAAUUUCAAUUUAUACAGGGGAAACUUGCUGACAUGUAUACAUCCUUGCAGUCUUCAAGAUCGUACGUGUAUUCUGUUGCAGUAGACUGUGACAACGGAAAGAUUGAUCCCAAGGAUUGUGCUGGGGUUAUACUCUGUGCAGCUGAAAGAGCCACUCAAGUAGCUCUUCAGGCUAUCCAGUGUCUUGGUGGCAAUGGAUACAUCAAUGAGUAUAUGACUGGACGCCUUCUUCGGGAUGCCAAACUAUACGAGAUUGGGGCAGGCACCAGUGAGAUUAGAAGAAUGAUAAUUGGUCGCGAGCUCCUUAAAGAGUAGUUGAGAAGAAAAUUGCUCAAAAUUGAAAUUGUUGGCCUGAGCUAUUUGCGACCUCUCUCCCUUUUGUUGAUCUCCUAGUUGCAGCAGCUGCUUGGAUUUGGUUGGAGCAGCAUGACAUGGCUCGCUGGAGAGUCUUGAAUACCCACCCCUCUUGCUGAUUGCUGCUACGGAAGGAAAAAUGCAAUUAGCUUCCUCAAUGGAGACUUGUAAACUGUGGAAGAUGUAUUUAAGAUAAGAAACCUUUCUUGAUAUUCAUUAGUCUUUCUUAAUCUCACUCUUAACCUCCCAAGUUACUACGAGUUCCUAAUCCAUGUUCUUUCUUUUCGGCUUUUA